UAUAGGAUUGAGGACCAAAGCGUGGGGUCUCUCAACUUCACCUAUUUGCUGAGACCCCCCACGUUUGGGGCUACGUUCCUCUCUUUAAUUAGUCUAUGCAUCCCUCUUUUGAAAUUUCUUUAGAAAUGGAAAGUUCAAAUGGAUCAUCACGCUUGAAAAACUUCUCCUUUUCAAACAAGCAAUUGAUCAUGGACUCCACUUCAGAGGGAUCAGGAUCGGGAUCGAGUCACCAUCAUCGGUGUAACUCGGAGAGCUUUCUUAUAGAGGAGCAACCUUCUUGGCUUGAUGACCUUUUGAAUGAACCUGCAGAAACACUAGUUGUACACAAAGGUCAUCGUCGUUCAGCUAGCGACACUUUUGCGUACCUAGGAGCAGCUGCAGAGAGGUUAAACACAAGGGAAAUUAACAACAAUGUAAAUGUAGGAGGAUCUUCAAUCAACUACGUCAGUUACAAAGAUCAUUUAACUUCAUCAGUUUCCUAUGACACAAAGCCAACUUCUGCUAAGGCUGCUCUGGAAUUGAAUGAGAAGCAUAACAGAGAGGUCAUAAGUACACAAAACAAAGAGGGAUCUAGUGAAAGAUCGAACAAUACACAAGCCAAACAUUCCAUGUCCAAGGCUGAUGCAAAACGUGCUAAACAGCAAUCUGCUCACCGAUCACGUGUCAGAAAACUUCAGCACAUAGCUGAACUUGAAAGAACAGUUCAAGCUUUGCAGGCAGAAGGAUCUGAGCUCUCUGCUGAGCUAGAAUUUCUUGACCAACAAAAUAUUAUACUGAGCAUGGAGAAUAGAGCCCUGAGGCAGCGUUUGGAUAGCUUAUCGCAAGAGCAGCUCAUAAAACAUUUGGAGCAAGAGAUGUUGGAGAGGGAACUUACAAGGUUACAAACUCUGUAUCAGAUGCAGAGGCAACAAGUGCAACAACAACAGCAUCAGCAGCCACAACAGCAGAAUCACUCUAAACAUCGUCGAAACAAAAGCAGAGAUCUUGAAGCCCAAUUUGCCAACCUCUCAAUCAAGAACAAUGAAGCCAGUUCCAGCAGAGUUCAGGUUACUGGUUCAGUCCGGAUGUAAAUGAGACUCGACCUUUUUACAGCCGCCAAGUGGAAUGUCUCUAUCUUUCCUUUUUCCACUUAAAAAUCGCGAUUCAGUAUUACUAAAUGUUAGAAACCAAAGAAGUUCUAUAUUUCAUAUCUAGAAGAGAAGAUUACAAGGCCUAUUUAUAAUACUAA